AUGUUCUCACUAACAUCAUUGCCCAGUUCCGGUGUGCACUAUGUGGUACCAGCUUCAACAUCGCACGUAUCCGGACCAUCAAUGAGCCCUUUUCAGCGGCGUGGUCCAAUGAAGAUCCACAACAUUUUGUGUCUGCCCUCGACGAGGACGACGACAAGAAAUAUGGGGACUGUUCCACUGCAGAGACAGGCUGUGUCUGGGCUAUUCGCAAAUGAUGUUGUUCUACACUGGGAUAUUCCGGGGCCGACAUCUCUCUGGAGGAGAUGCGAGGCUGCCAGACUGGGCAGGGUCUGGUCCACAACGAUAGCGGAGACGAAGAGCCCUCGCCGGACGACCUGGAAUGUGAAAUUAACAGCGAUUAUUUCCUUUCGGGGCUUGUGGACUGUAUGCCGUUUCCUGAAGUCGGGGGUGCGGGAGUGUCGCCCGCAAGACAUCAGUAUGAUUGGAUUGAACCGGCGGACCCCUUUGAUGAUCUACCCGCUCCAGUACCGCGAGGAGCCCGAUCCAGCCGUCCAGAAAGCCGCUGAUGAAAACUGGGUCCAUAUAAGCGGUGAUGAAUGGCUCGCUGCGAAUCCGUUCUACGUGCCCAAGCUUCGGGAAAUCUUGGGGCGAGCAAUGGAUACUGGACCCUCAUUCAGCCCCCAGGAUGGCGCGUUUGAACCCCUUAUCUCCAUGGACAAGAAUACGAGUGACCCGUUCGCUCGAUUGCCCCAAGAAAUUCUAGAUAUGAUUAUAGACAACCUCUCUACGAAAGACAUUGCAUCCCUGCGCCUCGUCUCACGGAAAUUCUACCAGCUCCAUGUCUCACUCUGGUAUCGCCUUAUUCAAGAGGACAUGCCUUGGUUAUGGGAGGUUUGGUCAGAUGAGAAGCCCUACUUCUGGGCGACGGUCACUGAGGGGGAUAUACAGCAGAAUAAAGGGGAGACAAGGAUUGAGUUUGGCGAGGAGAAGAUCAUGACACAUACAAUAAAUGUUGAUGAGCAUUUGGCCAAAUGGGCAAUGCCGAUACCUGCACCUCGUCGAACGAAUUGGUUUCUCUUGUAUACGGAUGUUAAGCGGCAUUGGAGUAAAUUGAGAGGCCUGUGGAACCGACGAAGGAUAUGGAAUUAUCAGCAGGGGUUAAUUUCGUCGUUGAAGAUGCAUAUCCUGAGCAGUGAUGAUCAUACUGCGUGA